AUGAAUGACCCCACUAUGUUGCAACAAAUGUCAAGCAACCCUAUGCUUUUAAACCGAGUUAUUGGUGCACAGAGUGGAGGUUUAAGAGCGGCACUUUUAGCGAAAAUGGCAGGCUAUGGUGGAGCUGCAGACGGAACAGCUUAUAACCCUCAAAGUCAAAUGAAUUUGAGUUCACUCAAAAAUCAAAUAACAGAUGUCAAAAAGUCAAACAUAGACAUACAGAAACAAAUAAGUGAAAACGAAAAGAAACUAGAAUAUGACAGACACACAAAGAAACUAAAUGAGUUAAACGUAGAGAAAAAGAAGAAAGAAGAACAACUGAAAGAACUAAGUACAGAGGAAUAUGCAAAAAAAGUGUCAGAAAAAGCAGCAGAAGUAGCAAAAAUGGAACAAGAUGUUAUAAAUUUGAAAAACCAUACUACUCAAUAUAAAGUACUGAAAGAUGAAGAGAUAAAACAAAAAGCCAUGAAGACAUAUAUGGAUAGCGAUGAGUAUAAAAAAGAAGUUGAAGCAAAUGUAAAGGCAGAAAAACUUUUACAGUUGCAAAACCAAACCGUACAGUAUGAAAACUUAGCACAAGAAAGUAAAAAUAACGACGCAGCCAUGCAAAAGGCAAUGAAAAGCGCAGAAUAUAUAAAAGCUAAAAAUGACUGGUUAGAUGCCCAAGCCAACGCUAAAGCAGCCCAACUUAUAGGGUCAAUAAGGACAAAAAUACAAGCGGAUGAAGACAGUUCAAAUGAAGCUUUAAUGAAUGCUGACUUUAAGAACGCCUUCGAAGCUCUUCAUAGUAAGGUGAAACUAGUGAACGACUUCUCAUCUGGAAAGAAACUGAAGUCUGAAGGUUUCGACAACGAGUUAAGAGAAGUAGCACAAAAUAUGACGAAAAUAACAGAUGCAGCAACGAGACAGGCAGUUCAAAGUGCCUAUGACGCCGUUAGAGCAACUGUUGUGGAAAGUCAAGAAAAAGAGUUACAACAGACCAAAACAGACCUAGUAAAUGCUUUCUUAAAAACGAAAAGUCAGGUAGGACAUUAUGCUGC